CCUCGCCCCGGUCCGCCCCAGCGGCGCGGCUGAGCAGCGAGCGGAGGGAACCGGCGCGGAGCGGCGGAGCGGCCGGGGAAGCGGCGAUGGCCGAUUACUGGAAAUCUCAGCCAAAAAAAUUCUGCGAUUACUGCAAGUGCUGGAUAGCAGACAACAGACCUAGCAUUGAUUUUCAUGAAAGAGGAAAGAAUCAUAAAGAAAAUGUGGCAAAAAGAAUUAGUGAGAUUAAAAAGAAAAGCUUGGAAAAAGCAAAAGAAGAAGAAAACAUGUCAAAAGAAUUUGCAGCAAUGGAGGAGGCAGCAAUGAAAGCAUAUCAAGAGGAUUUGAAAAGGCUUGGAAUUAAGCCAGAUGAUGUAGGUCCCAGUUCAGCACAGAAUAAAACACCGAGUAAUGCAGUGGAAACUACAGGGAAGAAAGAAAAGAAAGAGAAGAAGGAAAAAAAGGAAAAGAAAGAAAAGAAAAAAAAGACAUCUCAAGACACCUCAGUGCCAGCAAAAACAAAGGAGUGGGUGCAAGGAUUCUCUCCUGAAGGCUAUACAUAUUACUACAACACAAAAACAGGAGAAUCACAGUGGGAGAAACCUAAAGGAUUCCAAGGCAACUCUCAAACGGGAGCUGAGUGGGUAGAAGGUGUCACUGAAGAUGGUCAUACCUAUUACUAUAACACACAAACAGGAGUAUCCACAUGGGAGAAACCAGCUGGGUUUGUUUCAUCUUCAAAUGAGAAGAGCCACAAGAAUUCCGAAGAGCUUGGAGAAACAGAUUCCAAAGCAUCUGAAUCAGACUCAGAAGACAGUGAAAAUGAUGCACAGAGUUCAGAAACAAAUGUCAAGAGGAAAGGAGGUAAAGGCGAAGAAUCAGAGGAAGGGAAAAAAUCUCCGAGAGCUAAAAAGCUAAGUCCUUAUGGGAAGUGGAGAGCAGUUACAUCAGAAGUAACUGUUGAUAAAGAGGAGAGUACAUCAGCUUCCCAGGAAACCUCCAGUGAUGCACCCAGCACAACCAACCCUUAUGGAAAAUGGAAAGCAAUUAAUCAGGAAGGAGAAGAGGAAGAAGAAGAAGAAGAAGAACCAGGUGAAAAAGUGGACCUGGAGCUUCCUACUACAGAGAAUGAGAAUGUACUGCCUCCAGUGAUAGAGGUUCCAGAAGAUGAGACAGUGAUAUUUAAAGAGAAGACAGUCACCUCCCUUGGAGACCUGACUGAAGGGGUGCCAACAUUUAAAAAGAGGAAAUUUGAAAAUGGAAAAUCUAGGAAUUUAAGACAAAGACUAAGUGAUCAGUAAUACUUAACAAUAUAUUUUAGAUUCUGUUUAAGCUAGAGUGAAUCAAAAGUUUAAUAUUUUAAACAGGCUUUUAUAAAGAAAAUGUUGGAUAGAAAUUAAGGAUUUAUAGGUAUGAAAAUGUGAGUUUUAAUAUUUUUUUAUUUCGUUUUGAUGUGAUUGAUUUUGGAAUGGAAUUUUGUGUUUUAUUCCUUACGCAAUAUUGUAAAUACAUUUAUUUUUUAUUUUAACCAUGCCAUCUAAGUUUGAUUUGCUCUGUCUGUGCUGUUUUAGAUACAUCGUGUAAGGUUUUUUACUCCUUUUCUAAGUAUGGGAGAAUGCAAGAAUCCUUAAUCUGGGAAAAAUUAUGCAGACCUUUUAUUUUUACGGAGAAACUAAGUUAGUGGCAUUUACCAGAGAGUAAAAUUGCCCCCUAAGAUUGGUUAUGUGGAGUAGGUUUCUAACUAUUGAGUAAAAAUGCUGUGCUUAAUAACCUUUGGCUAGCAGCUUGCAAAAGAGUAGGUGGUGAGAAUGACAACAUUUCAGAGAUAAUUUUAACACAUCAGUGCCACUUAUUUCAGAUGACAUUCUGAAAGAAAUCAUAAAUGUUUUAAACCUCUGAAGAAGAGUUAAACCUGUUAAAUCUUAACUUUAAGAGCACCAGAGCCACCCUUGUUGGAGCAGGUACUUUUGUGGUGUCUUCCUUGUGUUUUGCUUUACUAAUGUCUCUGCUUGAAUUAUUCUUUCUUACAAAUUAAGUUUUCCUUUUUUGGUUUUCCUUCUUGUUUUCUUUUUCUUUCUCUUUCCCUGGAUAAAAUCCCAAUUGCCUGCUACUUUCAUGAACAAAAAGUACUCCACAGACCUGGAGCAGCAUACAGCACCUCUUUUGAGGCUGGUGGGUAUAUUCUGUUGGUACAAGGAGUCUGUGUUGGGAUAGUUGCAGUGUUUGCUAAGCUGAGGGGGGCUAAGAGUAUUGCAGCCUAAUUGAGCUCAGUGCCAUAGGAGAGGAAGACAAAAAUGGAUGAGUAGAGCUGAUGACUGUGCUGUCCAUGAUGGCCUGGACAUUUUCUUAGUGAUUGUAGAUUUGUUUUCUUCACUUGGUGGUGGGGUUGGUCUGCAUUUAGAUUCAUUGGCUGCAUAAAGAUACAGCUACAAUCACUGCUUCUCUUGGUAUCAAGAAGAGGACCAUAGAGGUGCCAAUCACAAAUCCAUUAAAAAAUAUUUCUCUUUUCCUAAUGCUCAUUUACAGUGUUUUGUUUUGGAGAGUCUCAGUCAAAAACAGAGGGGACAGUUAAGAAUUAGUAAAGCCCAGCUACAGCAAAAUAAGUUGGUAGCUUCUGAUCUUGAACUCACUGAGAAAACACCUGCUAAUCUGUUGGAUCAGUGGAGAAAGGAGAGCAAGACAGAGAAUUUGGUGUACGUUGUAUUACAAAGGAAGCUGACGUUCCUUUUCCUAUUCUGCAGUGUUGUCUUCUGUGUAUAGAAGGGAAUUAAAUAUUCUAUUUAAUCCCAUGUGUUUCUUUGGCUUCAUCAAGGUUGUAUCUUCUGAUGGUUUUGUUGAUAAAUUUCAAAGUUUCCUGUAAUAUCUAGCACUGGAUUGCCAUUUAGAUGUGCAAGAUGCAUGCUGGAUGCUCUCAGAGUCAUGGAUGCAGGGAUAUACAGCAUACACCACAUGAAAGACUUCAUAUGCAAGGCUAGAAUGAAAAUAUCCUUUUUAAAAAAGCAUGUUUUUCAGGUUUUAUUCUUACUCUUACUCGAACAUGACUUCUAGUAGGUUGGAGCCUGCUCUAACUUGAAGCCUCUGUGCACUUGUGACGAGUUUACACUCAAUAUUUACCAAAUAAUACAAGUAUUACAUUUCAAAGAAGCAGCUUUUCUUCCUCUUUACUCCCAUGUCUUUCCUGAAGCACAUAAAGCAUCUUGGUCUGGCAGGACCUUCAUGCUCCACUAACACUCUUCAUCCCUUGCAGCCCGAGUUUGCCUCAGCUCUGUGUUCAAGGAAGAUUAAGGCCACACGUGAUGUCACUAAUACUUCCUUAGCAUAUUGGAAAACCCUUGGUACACCCCUAAACCACAUUUGCCUUUCACAUGACUGCAUCAUGCUGUCUGUUGUGGGUGCCCUGUGAUUCACCAGUACAACCAGCUCUUUCUGCUGCUUUGCUGUUGCCAGCUGCUGAGUUAACAGCUGACCAUGCUUUCCUCACACACACUUUUUUUUUCCUUAUAAAUUCGUUUGGUACUCAUGCUGCUUCUGUUAUUUCAAGCCCAAAGUAUGUUAAUUUCUUUCUGAUCUCUGUAAAGUGAUUUUGUUGUUUCCCAGUGCGUUUUUUAUACAGUGGUAUAACUCUUUUGUAGGCUCCACUUUUAAUAUCCUGUGGGGAGGAGGUCUCUCCUCUUUUUAGUGAGUGCCUCUUUUCUUAAAAAUGUUUUGUCACGUUGAAAGAGUCCUAGGAAGUGAUUUUACAGAUUUGUAACUAAAUUAUUCAAGCAGAUGUUUAAAAACCUCUGAAAAUAGAAGCGCUCAAAACUUUUUUUUGUUCAGGAGCUGUUAGUUAUAGUAAGAACCAAAGGUCUUUGCCAAGUACUGUGUUUAACAGAAAAACCAAAACAAUUACGUACAUCAGGGAAAAAAAAGUUUUCUUUGUUCACUACUAGUAAAGUUCAUUUAAAUACCACAUGCUUGCUUUUGCUUUCCAAAGCCUGAAUUUCACAAAGAAAUAUAGUGCUUUCCUCCCCAAUAUUUCUCCAAGUACUUUUCAAGAGACCUGUUUAUUGUUUUUCCUUAGGUGUAAAUGAUAAUAAGGGCCAGUUGAAUAAAAUUUGAGAUACCAAGAGCCACUGUUUUAAUUUUGCACCAUGCUAUGGUUCAGUUUCCAUAUUGUGUAUCUAAACCAAGUAUUUUCAAUACAAAUACACUGCCUCGUGUGAGAUUUAAGACAGAUGCUGCUUUUCCAGGACAUCUGUUCUACACCAAUCUCCCUCCCUUCUGUGAACUGCCCUUCAGAAUCUUCUGCCUUUGGAAUUUGGUGUAGGAUUCUUCUUGGUUAUUACCAAAAUUAUGCUUCUCAUCUGCUAAGCCUUCCUUGGGCUGCACUGGCUUUUGGAAUGUUCCAUUUACUGUUUCAGAAGAACAGUUUUCUGACUGAUCAAUUUUCUAUCAUGCAGCAUGUUGUUACCUGCUUGCCUGUUUUUAUUGUAAGCUUGCUGAAUGCCGCCUGCAUCAUAGCUACUAUUAGCAACACAAGAAGGAAAAUUCAGAGAGAAGGCAGAGUCACUGCAAGUCCUGAUGAUAAUUUAUUUUGUGUGGUUUUGAGAAAGUCAAUUCAGGGCUCUGUGUUCUUUUUGCCUGCCUCACCUUUCACCUCUCUCAUCUGUUUUACAAGCUUCACAGUGCAGGACACUUAUUUUGGUGUGUGUGUUUUCACACUAGGGCUGGCCUGAAGUCAGUGAUGUGUUUAGAAGCAAAGAUAUUGCAUAGACAAAAAAAGGAAGUUCCUGUGUUGGGCAUUUGUUAUGCCAGGCGUUGUGCAGAGACCUCCUGCUCAAUUUGACUGGGGUUAUAGAAUAAUCCUUGUUCCUGUUUAGGUUAAUGCAAAUUUUAACCCUUCACCUGGGAAUUUGUAGACUGAAAUCCAGACUUUCCCAAAAAGGUAAAGUUUGUUUUGUAGACAAAAUCUUUUCUCAAUCAUAAUCCAAUCCAAAUAUUCAGAUAUAGAAGGUGGUAGAAUGGAUUGUAACAUGGAGCUAAGUUAAAUUCACUAACCUAUGUGUGCAUAAAACCAUUUCACCUUAAAGAUGUUAUUUCAGUGCAUAUUUUGGCAUCUCAGAAAAGGAGUAAAAAAUUGUUGCACGUCGCUUCGUUUCUUUGAUUUGCUUUUUGAGUUAUGCUGCCUCUUUUUUUGUCAUUAUUUGUGUCUUCUUCAAACUGUCUUCCUCUGGUAUUCCUAUAUAUGCAAAUCUACACCUCACUGCUGUGCUGCCUUCCUAGUGUCCACCUUCCCCUUUUCCCCCUGCUCUACUGAGAUCUCUGGAAAGCUUCACACCGUGUUAUGUAGGACACGGAGUCUCCAGAGCCCAGCUUGGGCCAGGCACUUCUGCUGCCUCUUUGUGUCAUGCCCUGAGGAGGUACAACCUUAGGGAUGUUCUGACAGCACACAAGGAAUUUCCAGACAUGUGCUCUUUUGGUUUUCAUGAGAAUUUGUUUUCCAGAGACAGAUUUCAUUCCAUUCCUCCCCACAGCAGCCCUUAAAUCCUUUCCCUCCCUGGUACUAAAGCUGUUUGCUUUCUGCUAUCUGCUGUGGCAACCCUUGGGUGCUGCUUUGUCAGCCCUAUCUCUUUAGUAUCUCUUGUAUCUACCUCUGAAGUCCUCUUACCUUCUACCUGCUAAAUUAUUUAACUUAAAAAAUUACGUUAACCAUUGUGUGAUUAACAAGUUGAGCUUUGUCAAACGUUUCGGGAUAUAGCUUGAAUUAAAGUUUCUGUACAAGGCAAAAAGUGCUGCAAAUAAUAACCUGGAAAAUGCUGGAGGAUUUGCCCUAGAGGAUUGCCAGAGAACUUCAGCUUGUGCAGAUCUGGUUUACAGACCACAGGCUGAAGACUGAACUUGAAUGGCUUGCUUAAGUGAAGAUACAAUGAAGAACAGUGGGGUGAAUGAAAAGCACUUGCUUUAGUUCUUAAGUAUAGUCUCCAAAGUUAAACAGCUGGAUUCUCUUUAACAACUGCUCAGAUGAAAUUACAAAAUAUUGCAAGCUCUUGAAGUGGAAUUUAUAUGAAAAUACCAAAUAAAGUUUUCAUUUGAACAGUC